AGAGCUCUGAGAGAGCUUUCGCAGUUAGUUCGAUACCGAGCGCCGGAGCGUUCGGUUUACGUCCCCCAAGAGCGCGCGUUCCGUCAUCGUCGCGGCUGUCGUCGGCGUGCGAUCAACGAGGAGACCCGGCGUCCGAGGACGACGUGGACCAACGACCAGGGUUAGAUCGUCGGCGUCCGAGGACGACGUCGUCCGAGGGGUUCCCUCGACACGCGGUCUGAACGCGUUGACAUGUGCGUUUCGCGGGAUCGAGAGAAUCGCCUGUGAGCGAGCAAUUCCGCAAUCGAUAAGCUUGCGAUCGAGAGACCUCUUGGAACCCUCCCUUCUCUUUCUCUUGGACCGGAACGAUGAUGUCUUGAAUACCAUGUGCACCAGCUUCGAGAGGCGUCGCUUUGUCGGCUGGUGAACGAGCCUUUGAAUUCCCGGGCGAGAGGGGACAGCGGGGCCUCUUGGAGGGUACGAUGGCACCAGGAGGAGACUCGGUGGCUUAAAUGCCAUCGUCGGCGAUUGUCCCAUGCUGCGACCUCACCGGCCCCGCCGUCAGCCAUCGCGCCUCCCGUAAUCGGUUCGGGGUAUUAAUCCCUCGUCAGUGAUUUCGGGGCUUGCCCCAAUUCCCGCCGAAAUUCCCGUCACGAUGCGGGGACCGCAUUCGAGCUGGAUGUCGCAUCGCGAUACCGAUGGAUCGAGUCGUUCCACUGGGAUGAGACGGCAUCGGGACGCACUCGCGAAUUGGGACGAGUAGAGCCGCGUCGCCGGGAUCGACCCUCGUUCCAUCCCUUCCUCCUUCCUUCAACGACCCUCGAAAAACAACGACCUCGAUUCAGCGCCUCCCCGGUCGACGUAUCCCCCGCUUCCGGGACGGGACCCUCAUGCAUAUGUAUAGCUUGUGAAGGAUCCCAGUCAAGGUCGAAUCGGUCGUCCAGAUCCCGACGUAGACCAGUGGAAGCAGUGCGCUCGAUAUCGCCUCGCGGUUAAAUCGGGUACGCUUAUUGCCAGCUGAUUGGCAGCUCGGCCGAUCCUGAGGAGCUAAGAUCCAGUCGGAAACUCGGAUGUGUAUAUGUUUCUGGCGAUAACGUAUGAACGUUGCACGCGGAUAACGAUGCUUCUGGAGGAACAGACUUGUCGGAAAUGGGACUCGGGACGUGAGAUUGCGAGCGCAAUCGGGGAGAGGAAAGCUUAACAGAGCUCGGCCGCUCUCGACUGGAACGUCACGUGUACGUGUGUGUUUCCAGGAUGGAGAUAUCGGAGAAUCGAAUUAAUGACUGCAAUUUGCACAAUCGGAUAUAGCCGCGAAACUCGAGAUUCGCCGAUCGAGCAAGUUUAACGAACUGGAAGAUUGCCGCGCGGCCACAAAGAUAUUUCUAAUGUAAUUCGCGUUGGACUCGAAAAAUUUUAGAUUAACAGUCUCGAUCCAGGUCGAACCUUGGCCGAUAGCUCCGGCUGUGUCAUCACCGCUGUGGAAGAUUGGAACUGCGAAUACACGUGAAAUCUCGUCAACCGGUGGGCUCGGGGAAAAAAAAAAAGGAAAUUUCGAAAUUGGCCCGAUGAGGCCUUGAGCAAAAAUCGCGAACGUCACGAUGGGAAUAAUGGCGCAACUGUUGCUGCCAUGAAUUAGGUCAAUGUUUCGCAAUCCCCUGUCGAAUCUCCCCGUGUGCGCUAACGGGACUUUAAAUUCCGACCAAGCGAAAAACUAGCAUGACGCGGUGUUCUUGACGCGACAAAAUGUAGCAAAAAUGAAGGCGCGAAAGCGGGUCGCGCGAUAUCCAGUUUGAAGGAGGAUACUUUCAUCAUUUUUGCCCCAAGGGGUGUUUAAUUGAGGAAGGGAGCGCGACGCAUGAACGUGCCGUCAUCAUGUAGAAGCGGAAAUUCGUGAGAUGCUGACCCAAGCAAACGAGACCUUCGUCGCCAACGUGUAGCACUUUUCAGACCGCUCGAAGGUGAGAGGGGGCGAAUCUCGACGGGGCAAGGGUGUCGUCUCGCCGUGGUAGCGGUGACGUCGCGAUCGGCAGGGUCCAAGGGCCCAUGGCCGGGAACUGUUUCCGCUGGUGGCUCCCGAUCGCGAUCCUAUCCGGGUGCUUUCCCCCCUCAGCGACCGACGCCGCUCGUAUUUCGUGCACGUCCACCUAUCUCACGGAGGUGGCCCGCGGCGGGGACGUGGUGGUCUUCCUGGGCGAGAAAUGCGACCGGGAGAUCAACGUCACCGAGAUACAGGAUCACUUGGCCGCGUCCGACGAGGUGGCCGGCGAGCUCUCGAUCAGCGUGAUGCCGAGAUCCCUGACAUGCGAGACGGAAACCGGGGGCCUCGGCGCGCUGAUCCACGCUGUCGGUGAGAGCAACACGAAGGCGGUAAUAGCCGCGCUUGACAGCUCGAUCUGCGAGGUGGCCGCCAAACUCGCCCAUCUCGGAAAUAAACCAUUGCUCACGUGGACCUGUCCGUUGAGAGACUUAAAGGAGAAGGAUCUAUCGUCGAUCAUCAGGCUUUCUCCGUCAUUGCCGUCGAUGGCUAAUGCCGUGGCGGAAAUAUUCCUGCACUUGCAGUGGAAGACCGCGGCCAUUAUCGGCAUAGAUCGCGAGCCCUGGUCCAGCCUGGAUCGUGCCGUGAUCAGCACGUUUCGGAGGAUCGGCGUGAUUCUGCGGUACCACUUGAUUCUACCCCAUCGCGCCACCCUCGAGCAGAUCCGCAGGAUACUCAAGUCCGUAAACAGCGUUUCCCGACGAGCUACGGUGCUUUGCCUGCCGCUGCUCGACGAGGUGACGAGCCGCGUCCUGAUCGAGUUGAACAUCGCGUGGCAAAACCACAUCCAGAACUCCGUCAUCCUAAUGAUCCACACGGAGGAUAUCGACCUCUUCCUUCCGAGAGACGAGAACCCGCCGCCCGCCUCGCUCCCGACCAUCGAUCCGACCUUGGCCCAGUCCGCGAUUACUCAGUCUUCCAAUUUUUCUACCUCGAGUGUAACUCGCGCCGGCCCGAACGCGACUCUGGAGAACGAUGAGAAGAGGGUGCACAAGAUAGAGGAAGCCCCGCGAAGCUCCUUCCCACCGAGGAAUCUCAGCAGCAACACGAUGGAGAAUCUACUCGCGGUCGCACCGCUCGAUCAGAGGUACGACGUGAGGAAGGUCUUCAAUGGCACGCAGAGAUACGCGACGCCGACGUUGCUCGAUCGAUUGAACGAAUCGCUGAUCGUGUUGACGCGCGACAACAGCAGCCUCGACGCCCACAACAACAAAAUGUACACGUACGCCCUGCUGGACUGGAACACCGACGUCGGCUGGCAGCCGAUCCUCGCGGUUGUCAACGGCUAUCAGCGACAGAUGGUCCAGCAGCUGACGCCAAGCGCGGUGGCGUUCCUCAACAACCUCGAGUCGUCCGACCUGUCGUCCUGCGACGACGAUGCCGAUUGUCCGGAUGGCUUGGCCGACAUGUCUUUCCGUACCACACAUAUCGUAGCUAUUAUUCUGGGGUCGCUGCUGUUCACCUUUGUCGCCAUCGCCGUCGGGAUUAUAGUCCGGAAGCGAUUGCUUAAGAAAAGGAUGUCCAAAGGCCCGUACAAAAUCAUCCUGACGACAUCGGACUUCGUUUUUCCUCAAGUGCCUCCAGUAGAUUCGAGAACGGUAGACGAGGGCAUCGAGGCGAUGCUUUGCUGCUGGCUGCAGCAGCUGCAAGAGUUCGGCGGGCCGGAGGUCGAGAAGCCGGACCUGCUCCAGCUCGGCAGCGUCAACUCCCUGAAGCCGUACUUGCAGGCCGCCGGCGGAAACGUGCCGAGGCACACCUUCUUCAAGGAUCCACGUGCUAGGUACAACGGUGACUUGGUUCAAUUGAAGGAGCUACCCUUUCAAGGUACGUUCGAACUGAAGAGCAAGGCCAUGGACGUGCUGGUCACGAUCCACGGGCUGCGACACGAGAAUCUCAAUCCCCUGAUCGGAUGCCUUAACGAACCUACGAGGCCCUGCCUAGUGUCGGAGUACUGCACGAGGGGCUCCCUGGAGGACGUACUCGUUCAGGAUGAGAUUAAACUCGACUGGUCCUUCAGAUUAUCCCUGCUCACCGAUCUCGUGCGGGGUAUGAGAUACAUUCAUGGGACCCCGAUACGCGUUCACGGCUACCUCACGUCGCGGAAUUGCGUGAUCGACGCAAGGUGGGUCCUAAAAGUCACCGAUUACGGUCUACCUGCAUUUUACGAGGCGCAGAACAUCGUGCCACCGGUGAAAACGGCUCGAGACCUAUUAUGGACCGCCCCGGAACUGCUUAGGCAUCCGAAUCUGCGGAAAAAAGGAACCCAGGCCGGGGAUGUUUACAGUUUCGGAAUUAUCAUGCAGGAAGUCGUUGUUCGCGGUGAACCAUUUUGUAUGCUCGCCCUGUCUCCGGAAGAUAUAAUUGAGAAGGUAAUGAAGCCACCACCCCUGAUCAGACCGUCGGUCAGCAAAGGCGCUGCGCCACCGGAAGCUAUAAACAUCAUGCGCCAAUGCUGGGCGGAAACUGCUGAAAUGAGGCCAGACUUUGAUGACGUGCACGAUCUCUUCAAAAAGCUGAAUCACGGAAGAAAGGUAAACUUUGUGGAUACGAUGUUCCAAAUGCUUGAGAAGUACUCGAACAAUUUGGAGGAACUCAUUCGCGAGCGUACGGAACAGCUUGAUAUGGAGAAGAAGAAAACUGAGCAAUUGUUGAAUAGAAUGUUACCUAGCACGGUCGCCGAAAAGCUGAAGCUCGGAAUGCCCGUCGAUCCCGAAGAAUUUCGCGAGGUCACGAUUUAUUUCUCGGACAUUGUCGGUUUCACGACGAUAUCCGCGCGCUCGACGCCCUUUCAGGUGGUCGAUCUUCUCAACGAUCUCUACACCUGCUUCGACGACACGAUUAACGCGUACACCGUCUACAAGGUGGAAACUAUCGGAGACGCCUACAUGGUCGUAGGCGGAUGUCCUGUGAGAAUACCGGAUCACGCAAGCCAAGUGGCAACCAUGGCGCUUGACCUGUUACACCAGAGUGGAAAAUUCAAGUUGAAACACCUUCCGGACACGCCACUCCGGCUACGCAUCGGUCUUCACACGGGCCCGUGCUGCGCCGGGGUGGUAGGUCUAACGAUGCCGCGUUACUGCCUGUUCGGCGACACGGUGAACACCGCCUCGAGGAUGGAGUCGACCGGGGCGCCGUGGCGUAUCCAUCUCAGCCAGGCGACGAUGGAUCGAUUGACGCAGGUCGGCGGAUACCACAUCGAAUACCGCGGGCCGACCGACGUCAAGGGCAAAGGCAAGAUGCCGACCUACUGGCUGCUCGGCAAGCAAGGCUUCGACAAGGAGCUACCGAAACCGCCGCCCCUCGGGGAGAACCACGGAUUGGACGAAAGUCUGAUACUGGGCAGUCACUCUCAGAGCGCAGACCUGACGAGCCCGCAGCUGCCGGUGAUACCGUCGCAGGACGAGACGGCCGAGGAAUCGAUCAACCCCGUCGAGGCCGUCCAGCCAGAUUAUCAGGACUCUGUCAGCAGCAACGGGGUCGCCAACGGGAGUGACAGCCGGGCCGCGUCCUUCGAGGAGGCCUGCGACGUCAGGAGGGUCGCAGUAUCCGUGCACGACGAGCGCACCCUGCUGUCGAGCUACUCCUUGAGGUCCAACGACUUCAUCGAGGUGUUGCAGGGCAAGCAGGACUCGCAGAGGUCGACGACGGAGGCCGUUCACGGGGGGAUCGUGAGCAAGAGCACGUCCGGCGACACCCAGGUCUCCCUCGGCGUGUUGUCCUCCACCGUUUCCGGCACCGACUCCGCGAUGACGACCCUCGGCGCGUCCACCAGCUCCCUCACUUCGAUCGCCGCCUCGGCGACGUAUCGACAACCGCCGCUGAGGCACCGUCGCUUUGGCUGCAUCGACGAGAACGACCUCAGCAUGCCGUACAAUCAUUAUAGGUGUCUAUCACCCAACGAACAUCACGUUUCAGGGAAAAGCGUCGGCUGCCGAAUGCUCCGGAGGCAAUUCAGUCUGGAUCGUCCGGACGAGCCGGUGUCAAUAAUCCCGGAACAAUCGCAGCCACAGAGAUCGACUCCUCGUCUUUAUAAGCAAAAUAGCGCGGGCGCGGCCAACGACUUGGAGAGAAUCGAGGAAGUACCAUCGACAACUCCCAAACCCCACCUUCAGAAUUACCGCCAUGCGGCUUCCGUUUCCCUCUCCGUCGAAUCUCUGUCGUUGCGUUGAACCAAGUCAAAUAUUAACUUCUCCGAUAGAGAAAAACU